UUGUGACAGACGUAUUUGGAGAAACAUUUUUCUCAAUUGGCAACACCAAUGUUUGGAAUUGUGACAAAUAUAUGUAUAUACAAACUUAUAUAUGCAGUUAAUCAUCGAAGUGAAUAUAAAUAAACAAAUUGUAUGCAGGUAAAACAAGUGCUAAUAAAUACGUGCAUCUUGUUGGACGUUGCCACAGUGUUGAAAAGCUUUCCAGUACUAUUUUCUUCUAUCUUCUUGUGACACGAGAUUUCUGUUUCAUUACCAACUAUCAGGUGGUGAAGAUGUGCCCAAAAGAAAAGAGUAACUGUAACAGUUCAACAAUACAAUGGCUAACAUGAAACAGAACCUCACAUGCAGCCGUAGUAAGCCCCCUCCUGCACGUAGUUCCAGUUACAGCCUUGGUAGAGUUCGAGGUCAGAUGAAUGUUGAUCAUCCAUCAUCAGCUCUUUUGCAUACAACGCAAGUUCAAGAAAGCCACAAGGUUGCAGGUGAUAAAGCUGGGAGUGGAGCCUCAGGAUUUGGAGACAAGACUUCCAGUAUUACUUCAAUGACAGCUUCACCCAAAGAGAUUUCAGAAUGCCUCAGUGGUUGGUUAACUUACCUACAGAUGUUGACGGGUCUUUGUGGUGCUGGUUCACGACUUUCACACUGCCUGGGGACACUGGUGCAGGACACUUCCUCCCCAUGCCAUGCAGUGGCUACUCAGUGCCAGGCAACCUGGGAAGAGCUAGUCAAAGCUACUACAAAUGCUAGCACAGUAGUCAAGGCACAGGUGAUACCCAGUCUUCAGGAAGUGAACAAUGCAAGUGACAUUGAUACAGACUCUCAGAAGUUGCAUGAACAUAAUCAGGUGAUUUGUGCAAGCCUUAUGACCUUCAUUAAUCUCCAUUAUCAGUUCUGUGUUGCGUGUUGUGACUUUCUUGGAGCCAUGGCUAAUUCUAAUUGCUGCCAGAUGAAUGAAGCAACUCCAGCACGUCACAAUUCAGAAUGCAUUGUUGGCAUUGUUCAACAGUGUUUUGCCCAACCUGCUCCCCCCCCUCCUCCACCAGUAGGUACUCACCACUCAGUUCGUAGCCCACUUCAUUUCCCACUGUGUUCCUUGCAAGGCCCGCAGCGCCGCUGGUCGGAAGCUGCAGCUGGGGAAGUUUCAGGUGAAACAAAUGAUGGUACAAUGCGUCGCUGGUCAAUGCCUUGGGAAAGUUCAAGAUUGGCAGACCAUCAUAGUACUUGGCAUGGACGACUUAACCCUCCCUCAAAACUAGCUGUUCCGUCAGCAAGCUCACAAGACAGAAGUCGGUCUACAACUCCUGACUCAGUGUGGCAUUCAUCCCUUGCAAGCCAAGAAGAACUUCAGGAAGUCAUUCAGCUGUUGUCUUGUCGACCCGGAGUCAGUCAUUCCACACAGCUGUAUCAUCCUAGCCAACAUCUUCCUGGAGUUACACUAACCAGUUGUCCAUAUGAUGGUCCAUCUCCAGAAUGUGGAGGUUGGAGCGAAAAUGUUCAGUCAGAUGAGAGAGGAGGCAGUUGUGGACCUUCACGGCGUGGCAGCAGCUCACCUCAGCCGUUGGCAGUUCAGCAGCACCUCCAUCGUGCCAGCUGGCAUGCCCCUGACACGCACUCUCACAUGUGGGGUGAGCAUGAAGGCCACAUUGGUGGUGAGAGGAGUUUUGACCUCUAUCCUCCAGCACUUGAUGCUGGAACUCUGGCUUCAAGGAAGAGCAGUUCUUCAACUGACUCUUCAUCAAGCCAUUCAUUACACAGUCGAUCCACUACAGGUUCUGAAGGAGGGGCUGAGGUUCGGGCACAUCUGUACUCUAUGUGGAGUGGCAGUGACCUGACUUUCAUGAAGCUUCCAGAAUCAAAUGAACCAACAGACACCAUCCAGGCAGCAGAUAUCAGCACAUCUACCUCCAUUUCCAUCAACAGUGGAGAUGGCCUACAGAGAUUCUCACAGCCAGAUAUGACUAACACUUACUACAGUAGCUCAAAAUGAACAACAAAUUGUACUAUAUCAGUAAUAAUGAAAAUGCAUAUUCUACAAUGUUAUUUUAAAGGUGUGUGACAGCGGUCUAAUAUUAGUAUGGGGGAAUUUUCUUUUAGCUUUGUCUGUUGUAUGAAUAAUAUUUAUAAAAUACACAGUGUUUCAGAGGUUGCUGUGCUUGCCUUCUGGUAGAUGAUUGGUUGAUUAUUGUAUUACAGAGUCACAUGGUAGCAUGACUGAAAAUGAUGAAUUGCAAAGGAUGCGGAAUAAAGUCGUCAUUGCCUGUUUUCCUCUCAGCACCAGAAGCUUUAAAUCAAUUUAUGUAACCUGAGGACAGAUGAAAUCAAUCACAUAAUACAGCAGCAACAGAGAAUACGUUUGGUUUACACAGAAGAAAAAUGGAAACAGAGCCAGCCUUUGAUAUGUUGUGUAUAUAUUUAUAUUUUGUCAGAUAAUGGACAUGUCCAAAGAAAAUUCAACCAUAAGGUAGGUACAAGGUUCCUUUGUAUGUAAUAUUUAAUGGGACAAACUCUUACACAUCUUUUGUUUAGAGGGUUUAUCAAUCUUAAUUCUAGAUUUAAUUCUUGAAAGUAAAACAUUUCUUAUUUUAAAUACAUGAUAUAUGCUUCCAUGUUUGCAGUCAGAUGUCUGGGACAAGACUACUUUUUAUUUUUGUUUUCUUUCUUUGCUCUACACUUUCUCGUACUGGAAAAUGAGCUGUCACUGUAAUUUUAAUUCAUUUUGUGGUUUCAUCAAAUUAUUCAUGAAAUAUGUGUAAUCUUUCUAUUUGAUGUCUGUGUAUUGUAAAUUUCAUUGUUCAUGGUCACAUGUUUUUAUGUGUCCUUUAAAUAAAGUGCACAGAAUGAA